UCACGCUGUUCAGCAGUUAGUUAUAGAAAUAUAUUCAAGAUGAAAUCGCUUUUCUCUCUGUGCCUGCUGCUCGGUUUGGCUUUAAGCCAAGUUAGUGCUAGUUGCCCGGAGAGCUGUCCCGAUACGGAGGAUGUCGUGUGGGCCCUUUCAGGCGGAUGCAAUGUUUUCCGCAAUAAAUGUUACUUCGACAAGGCGAACUGUAAUCCAGAUUAUGAGUUGACCAUCACCACAAAGGAUGAGUGCCAAAAGCAUUGCGCCGAUGCUUGUCCUGCAGUUUACCAGCCCACAAGUGGAGUUUAUAAGGGUCAGGUGCGAAACUUUAGCAAUGCGUGCCAAAAGUUUAUUCACACCUGUCGGACUGGCGAAACUUUUUUGUAGGACUAUAUGAUUAUGUGAUUGAAAGAUUGAACUAAGAAUUCAAAUAAAGAGAUUUUCGAGUUCUUGUUCCAUAAAUAAAUCAAAUACGCUUA